GAUCUAUGAAGAAUGCCGGUUGAAUACAUAUUAUGAUAUUAUCAUUGUUAUAACUUAUACCUAUCAAAGUGUUCUUGUCACAACAAACAAGAAAGUGUAUCAAAUCUACUAUUAAUCUGAGAGACCAUCUUUCGUUUGCUCAUAUCCAAUUCUGUUACAGCUCCAAGUAUCUAAAAUUGAUUCCUUGCAUCAACCCCCCUCUCCAAGUUUCAACGUCCUACUACUUACACACCAGAGCUCUGUCUGCUCUCUAUAUUUGAUUUUAUUGCCUUCCUCUUACAUGUUUCUUGAUGCUGUGCCACCAGAAGAGCAACAUCGAGCCACUAACAUUUUAACAUUUGCUGGCACCAUUCACCAUCAACUCAUCGCUCAGCCUCUGACCUCUGACCUCUGACCACUCAUACAGAGACGGACUAUCACUCUUUAUAUACAAUCUCCCAUUCGAUUGACCACCCAACAUCAACCACAAUAGACGACUUGACCUCCAAAACUCGAACCUUGCGAACUGGAUCACCAGAGCUUCAUUGAGACACACAAACUCCUAACAUACAUACCAAUCUUCCAAAUCCAUCGUGAAAAAUGACACCCAUUGACCCUCGCCCCGCAACCCACCCACCUUCCAACGAACCCUCUCCUCACCGCGGUCGUAAACGUCGUCGAUCAUCUGCUGCUUCUCCACCACCCAUCACAACCAGUACAUCCACGAAUUUCCGAGGUCGAGUUCGUCAUCGAUCACCUCAGACGUCUCAUUUGACAACAUCCUCGCAAUUGCCAUUAUCCUCGCCCCUCAAUAUCAAAUCAACAAACGCAAAUGCAACUAUGUCAUCCCUCACAGCCACAGCCCCUAAAGUCAAAUACCAAAAGACUCGCGCCUCAGCAACGACAACAACAACGACUCCCUCCCCAUCAUCAUCUCUCCUGCUUUGCUCUCCACGUUCAAAGAACCGGAGAGGCCAAUCACCCUCCCGUUCUCGUAGCAAAGGCCAUUCAGAUGACAAGGAGGUUCCCAGGAGAAGACAGAGAACCAGAAGCAGAAGUCGAUCUCACAAAGUCGCGAAUGAUGAGAAGGAUAGCAGUAAAGGAAAAAUGAAAGCUGUAUCCGGGACAGAAAGAGCUUGAGACAUAGGAAUCUUGGAGUUUCAUUGAUUUUGUUCGCGGAAAGAUACCCAGCUGGAAUUGACUAAUGAAGCACGAUGAAUACGAUGUGGCCAUAUAUCAAAUGAAGACCCGAGAAGAAUUCUCACUUGAGAUACUUCUGAAUGCCACGCCCUGGAGUAUCCGAAGAAAGUUUGGGUUUGGAUUGGAUUGGACGUAUGGUUCGGGUACGUACCAAGAAUUUAGGAGUUUAUUCCAUUCUGGGCUAGGGAGCAUGUAGGCAAUGGGCAGAUAGGAGUUAGGCCUGAAUGCAUGGAAUUUUUUUUUUAUCUUCGAGAAUAACAGUGGCUAGUCCGCUCAAUGAAUGGUAAAUAUCAAAAGCAAAUGCCCAUCUUUGUUUACAUGCUCUUUUUUACAAUAUUGCACUAUAUGCAAAUAACAUACUCUGUACCAAAUCCUCUCUCUCUCAUCAGUACUCAACCCCCCCCUAACAUAUAACAUACAACACAAAGAAAACCUAUCCCAAAUCCCAAAUCCCAAAUCCCA